AUGAACCUCCGCUGGCAGGGAAUUAACGCAAAUGCUUGCUGUGAAAGAUGUGGAGAACAGGAGAAUGUCUCCCACAUUUGGUUUGAUUGCCCUUACGCAAAGGAGAUGUGGCGUACAACCUCUAUCGUCUCCCCCCUGGCAGGUCUUUCUCCAGAUGUAGACCCUAGAAUCCUGCUCAGCUCCCUCUACAAAUAA